AUGCAUGAUACUAUACAUAUCUGUAAAGAGGCACUAGCUACUAAUAACAUUGAUGAUGCUGCUAAAGCAAUAGCCCGGAUUAGAGAGAUAAGACGUAUGUAUCCUGAUAUAUACAAGGUAUGUGAUAAUGCAAGUCUUAAAGAGGCUAAGAGACUUGAAGAUGAGAUGGCCAUGAACCCCAGUCAGUAUCCAAUGAGUAUGGACUUGAACAACAACAAGAUGAUGAUGAUGAUGAUGAUGAUGAUGACGAUGAUGAUGAUGAUGAU